CAGAGCUCUGAGCUCUGAAUUUUGGCCCGAACCCAGAGUACUCCCCCCUUUACUGGGAUAGAUACGAUGUAGAGAGUGAGGUGAUGGGGUGGAGGUUUUGCUACCAAAACUGUCAUGGGACAGAGGUGAGGGACAGCUUAUAUAGCGUCUACUCUGUGCUGAUUGGUUGGAUUACAUUCUUAUGAUCCUCCCGAACGUAGUCACAUAAACUUCAACAAAAAAACGUAUUUUAUUGCUGUGCAGCCGGUAGGCCCCUCCCAUUAAGAAAAGCAAAUGUUUAUACAUUUUUCAAUAAAUGUUUGUACAACCAUUUAGAUGUUCGAAAUGUCUUCGAACAUUUAAACUGGUCAACUGGUCAACUGGUAAAGGGGAACAAAUAACUUUGCCAUGUGCUGGUUUGCUGCUAUCUAGUGGAGAACUGCAUUCAUUGAUUCAUGUUUUGUAUAUGAGCAAAUGUUUGUCUGCUGUUUUUAUGUGUUAAAAGUGCCUUUUUUUAUUGCCAAAGUAUCACAAUCACACAACCCCAUCCCCCCCACCCGGAAAAUAAGGACAGGUACCCCCUGGAACAUAGUCCAAAUGAUUUAGCACCUCCCUUUCCAUACCCUGGUAGUUUGUUAUUUGAUACGAGAUUUAUUUUGGUAGAGUGAGAGAGUGCGACAGAGACUGAAAGAGCCCGUUCGGGAUCCAUUUUGUAGUGUGAAGAAGUAAACAACAACCAGAGAGACAAGUCAUUACUGUCAACUGACUGUUGAGACAGAGAGAGAGAUUUUAGAAAGACUUUGAUUUCUGAGUUGAUACAAAACUUGGUUUGAGCAAGACAACAUGCCCUUCAGAAUGAGUCUCUCCAAUGAACAUAACACAAAGACAGACAAGAGUUUGUGUCAGAACAAAUCUCCUAAACCUAGUUGUGUGUCUAUGAAGAGUGACCAGUCAAUGGAUCAUCCAAUAUCAUUCCGUUUGAGAGACUCAUCUGCUGAUCUGAGUUUGUUUCAGAAUAAACCUCCUGAACCCAGCUGUGUGUCCAUGAAGAGUGAUGCGUCAGUGGGUCAUCCAAUAGUAUUCAGUUUGGGAGACUUGUCUGCUGAUCUGAGAAAAACACAGAAUGGAUCAGAAUCAGAUAUUGUAAAGAACUUGGACUCCAUUUUCAAGGAAGUUGAGCAGAAAAUCAUCUCUGUAAUGAAGAAAGAGUUAAACAGUUUUAAGAGACUGUUGAGUCCAGAUUACCCAGAAUCCUUUGAGAGAGAAACAGAUGAUGAUGACAAGAGUCAUAGAAGAGUCAGAGAGGCGGUUAUUAAGAUCACACUGCACAUCCUGAAGAAGAUGAAGCAGACAGACCUUGCAAACACACUACAGACCAGACGUAAUCAUGCUGAUUAUACUGCUUUUUUGUUAGAACUGAUGCCUAUGUAUCAACAAAAGUUCAAAUCCAGACUAAAGGAGAAAUAUCAGAGAAUUAAUGAAGGAAUAUCCAGUCAUGGUAACACAACACAUCUGAAUGAGAUCUACACAGAGCUCUACAUCACAGAGGGAGGGAGUGGAGAGAUCAACAAUGAACAUGAGGUGAGACAGAUUGAGACAUCAUCCAGAAGAUCAGAGACACGGGAGAGAUCAAUCAAAUGCAGUGACAUCUUUAAAGCAUUAUCUGAACAAGACAAACCCAUCAGAAGUGUGCUGACUAAAGGAGUCGCUGGAAAUGGAAAAACAGUCUCUGUACAGAAGUUCAUUCUGGAUUGGACUGAAGGAAAAGAAAAUGAGGACGUUCAUUUUAUAUUUCCACUUCCUUAUAGAGAGCUGAAUCUGAUCAAGCAAAAUCUCAGUCUUAUGGAACUUGUCAAUCAAUUUUACAAAGUAACAAAACAACUCACAUCAACAGAUUAUGAAGACUACAAAGUCCUGUUUAUAUUUGAUGGUCUGGAUGAGUGUCGACUGCAUCUAAACUUCCACAACAAUCAGACCUUGUCUGAUGUAACAGAAUCGGCUUCAGUGGAUGUUCUGCUGACAAACCUCAUCAAGGGGAAUUUACUUCCUUCUGCUCUCAUCUGGAUCACCUCUCGACCAGCAGCAGCCAAUCAAAUCCCUCCUGAGUGUGUCGAUCAAGUGACAGAGGUACGAGGAUUCAACGACCCUCAGAAAAAAGAAUAUUUCAGGAAGAGAAUAAAGGAUCAGAGUCUGUCUGAUAAAAUCAUCAAACACAUCCGAUCAUCAAGAAGUCUGUACAUCAUGUGUCACAUCCCAGUCUUCUGCUGGAUUUCAGCCACUGUUCUCCAGAGAAUGUUAAGGGAAACAAAGAAUACAGAGAUCCCCAAGACUCUUACACAAAUGUUCACACACUUCCUGAUCUUUCAAACCAAAAGGAGUCAAAUGUACGAUGGGAAAUAUGAAAUAGAUCUUCUUCAGGCUAGAAAGAGCAUUUUCUCAUUAGGAAAGUUGGCCUAUGAGCAGCUGGAGAAAGGGAACCUGAUCUUCUAUGAGGAGGAUCUGAGAGAGUGUGGCAUUGAUGUGAGAGAAGUGUCUGUGUAUUCAGGAGUUUGUACUCAGAUCUUCAGAGAGGAGCCUGUGCUGCACCUGGGGAAAGUGUUCAGCUUUAUACAUCUGAGCAUUCAGGAGUUUCUAGCUGCUGUAUUUAAGAUGAUGUCCUUCUCUGAACAAAACACAGGACUCAAGAACAUGUUCUGGUCAACUAUGACUGAUUCACUAAAGAGUGAAGUGGACAAGGCCUUACAGAGUGAGAACGGACACUGGGACCUUUUCCUGCGGUUUCUUCUCGGUCUCACACUGAAGUCUAAUCAGAUUCUCUUACAAGAGCUCAUGAGAAAGACAGUAAGCAGCUCUGAAAGCAGUCAGAAAACAGUUGCUUACAUUAAAGAGAAGAUCAGAGAGAAUCAAUCUCCAGAGAAAUCCAUCAACCUGUUUCACUGUCUGAAUGAACUGAAUGAUCAUUCUCUAGUGAAUGAAGUCCAGUCAUAUCUGAAGAGAUCUGGAGUUAGUUAUCUCUCUGGAGUCAAUCUGUCUCCUGCUCAGUGGUCGGCUCUGGUGUUUGUGUUACUGAACUCAGAAGAGGAGCUUGAUGAGUUUACAUUGAGUAAAUAUGAUCCAUCAGAAAAAUGUCUCCUGAGACUGAUGCCAGUGGUCAAAGCAUCUAGAAAAGCUGAUCUUUCCAGAUGUUGUAUCACAGAUGAAGGUUGUGCUGCUCUGACUUCAGCUCUGAGAUCAAACCCCUCACACCUGAUAGAACUCAAUCUGAACUAUAAUAAAAUAGGAGAUUCAGGAGUGAAGCUGCUCUCUGCUGUACUGGAGGAUUCACACUGUAAAAUGGAGAAACUACAUCUGCAGUGGUGCAGUGUCACAGAUGAAGGUUGUGCUGCUCUGACUUCAGCUCUGAGAUCAAACCCCUCACACCUGAUAGAACUCAAUCUGAACUAUAAUAAAAUAGGAGAUUCAGGAGUGAAGCUGCUCUCUGCUGUACUGGAGGAUUCACACUGUAAACUGGAGAAACUACAUGUUUCCAGAUGUUGUAUCACAGAUGAAGGUUGUGCUGCUCUGACUUCAGCUCUGAGAUCAAACCCCUCACACCUGAUAGAACUCAAUCUGAACUAUAAUAAAAUAGGAGAUUCAGGAUUGAAGCUGCUCUCUGCUGUAUUGGAGGAUUCACACUGUAAAAUGGAGAAACUACAUCUGCAGUGGUGCAGUGUCACAGAUGAAGGUUGUGCUGCUCUGACUUCAGCUCUGAGAUCAAACCCCUCACACCUGAUAGAACUCAAUCUGAACUAUAAUAAAAUAGGAGAUUCAGGAGUGAAGCUGCUCUCUGCUGUACUGGAGGAUUCACACUGUAAACUGGAGAAACUACAUCUGGAGUGCUGCAGGAUCACAGAUGAAGGUUGUGUUGCUCUGACUUCAGCUCUGAGUUCAAACCCCUCACACCUGAUAGAACUCAAUCUGAACUAUAAUAAAAUAGGAGAUUCAGGAGUGAAGCUGCUCUCUGCUGUACUAGAGGAUUCACACUGUAAACUGGAAGAACUACAUCUGGAGUGCUGCAGGAUCACAGAUGAAGGUUGUGGUUGUGCUGCUCUGACUUCAGCUCUGAGAUCAAACCCCUCACACCUGAUAGAACUCAAUCUGAACUAUAAUAAAAUAGGAGAUUCAGAAGUGAAGAUGCUCUCUGAAGUACAGAGGGAUCCAAAACAUAAACUGGAGAAGUUAAGUCUAAAUUGUAAACUCCAAGCUUCAACUGGGGAAUAAGAAACUGCUGUGUCCUGAACAACACAAUCAGCUGAACAAACACUGACAUUAAUUCAGUGAAUUUAUAAGUGAAAAAUAUUCUUGUGAAUAUGAACACAGACAUAAACUUAUUUAAAUGUGCAUCUAUUGUAUAUGCUGUCAGAGGAAAGAACUGGAAAUGAAAUAUUUAACUAUUGAAUUGAAAAUGUUGUACUUUUUACUUGUAUCAGAGGUUCAGUACAUUACGUACAUAUUGUAUUAAGGUGUGUCAGAUAAACACAGUUUGUAGCCAUAUUUGGGUAACAAUGUUUUUUUUUAAUAUAACAUGUAUUUAUGUAUUCAAAUUUACAU